CACUCCUUUACCUGCAGUUUGGUGCUUAAGUAGGCACCGCCCACGCUCUUCUUCCAUUGGCUGCUUGCGCUGCCUGUCAGAGUCGAGAGGCUGUUGCACGCUUAGGAAGGAUUCGGCGUUCAGCGCUGCCAUUCCUGAGGCAAUAAGGUGGUGGCUCUGCGCAUCUAAAGGCUUAUGCUGGAGGAAGCGCCUCUCUCCUGGCGUGAUGUGUGAAGCCCCGGACUUUCUCCACAGACACUUUCCCCCAUCUACGCUAUUUCCAAAAGAUCCAGGCGAACCUUUUUAAUGACCAAACACCCCCACCGCGAGCACAAACCAAGUUUAUAACCCAUGACAGUAAACGGGGCUAGGAGGCACCAAGUUGCUGCUGCGGGGGGGUUAAGGUGCUGUCAGACUCGUACACGGAGAGUGGUUCUAAGCGGCGCUGGAAAUGGAGAAGAAAGUUUUAGAGCGCGAAGGUGCGGCAGCGGAUGGAAGCGAUCGAUCGUCUUCCUCUUCACUUUCCUCCUCGGGCUCCCAGACCUUGUCAGAAGGGGACAUGAAGCAGGCGCAGUCCGGGGGGAGCAGCACUGACUGUGAAUCAGAGGGGCAGCGGAAUGCACAGAGGAGAAGGGGGCAAGAAGGACGAGCUCAUUCUGGGGUAGGGGAGGAGGAGGAGGAAGAGCUUGACAGUAUCCUGUCACCACCCUCUAUGCUGUCCCGCAAGUGCAGCAAUCCUGAAGUCUCUAUAAGGCCUUGCAAGUCGAUGAAGUAUAAAAGCCAGCUCAGCGAUGAUGGACGCAUCCUUAGAAGAGGGAGCCUGGGAGGCGCUCUAACAGGGCGGUAUCUGCUUCCUGCUGGGGCAACACAACAAAUAUGGCCUGCAUCAACAGAGGCUUCCAAUCUUGUGCGCAUGCGUAGCCAGGCUCUCGGGCAAUCCGCUCCAUCCCUCACAGCAAGCUUGAAGGAACUGAGCCUUCCAAGACGGGGAAGCUUUUGUAGGACCAGCAACAGGAAGAGUUUAAUUGGCAGCAGUCAGUCUCCUGCCCUCCCUCGGCCUCACUCUCCUCUCUCUGCUCAUACAGGAAGCAGCCCCCAGGACAGCCCAAGGAACUUCUCUCCCAGUGCGUCUGCUCAUUUUUCAUUUGCACGAAGGACUGAUGGGCGCCGCUGGUCUUUGGCAUCUCUCCCCUCGUCUGGAUAUGGAACGAACACUCCAAGCUCUACUGUGUCUUCGUCGUGUUCAUCCCAGGAGAAGUUACACCAAUUACCAUACCAACCCACACCUGAUGAGCUGCAUUUUCUGUCCAGACAUUUCUGCACCGAGAGCAUUGCUACUGAUGACAGAUGCCGGACUCCGCUGCGCCCUCGAUCCAGAAGUCUCAGCCCUGGACGCACGUCGGCAUGCUGUGACCAUGAAAUAAUUAUGAUGAACCAUGUAUACAAAGAACGAUUCCCAAAGGCUACGGCUCAGAUGGAAGAGCGACUUCAGGACAUUAUCACCAACUAUUCUCCAGAUAGCGUGCUGCCAUUGGCUGACGGAGUGCUCAGUUUUACCCAUCACCAGAUUAUUGAGUUGGCACGAGAUUGCUUGGAUAAAUCCCAUCUCGGCCUCAUAACCUCCAGAUACUUCCUUGAACUACAACAGAAAAUAGAAAAGUUGCUACAUGAAGCUCAUGAACGGUCUGAAAGUGGAGAACUGGCAUAUAUUAAGCAACUAGUUCAGAAAAUCCUGAUUGUUAUCGCAAGGCCAGCGAGGUUACUGGAAUGCCUGGAAUUUGAUCCUGAAGAAUUUUACUACCUGCUAGAAGCAGCAGAAGGCCAUGCUAAAGAGGGACAGGGCAUUAAAACGGACAUCCCGAGGUAUAUUAUUAGUCAGCUGGGCCUAAACAAAGAUCCCCUGGAAGAAAUUGCACUGCUAUCAAAUUAUGACAGUGGAACGGCUGAAACUCCAGAGACAGAUGAAUCCAUCAGUAGCUCAAACAAGUCACUGAAAAUUAGAAGAAAACCUUGUGAAAGUGAUUUUGAAACCAUGAAAUUGAUCAGCAAUGGAGCAUAUGGGGCUGUUUACUUGGUUCGUCAUAAAGAAACCCGUCAAAGAUUUGCCAUGAAGAAGAUAAACAAGCAGAACUUAAUCCUCAGAAAUCAGAUUCAACAGGCGUUUGUGGAGCGAGAUAUUUUAACGUUUGCAGAAAAUCCAUUUGUUGUCAGUAUGUACUGUUCUUUUGAGACAAGGCGCCACUUAUGCAUGGUCAUGGAGUAUGUGGAAGGUGGAGACUGUGCUACCUUGCUAAAGAACAUCGGCCCACUGCCGGUAGACAUGGCUCGGAUGUAUUUUGCAGAAACCGUGUUGGCUCUGGAAUACCUUCAUAACUAUGGAAUCGUGCACAGGGAUUUGAAACCUGACAACCUACUGGUUACAUCCAUGGGGCAUAUAAAGCUUACCGAUUUUGGACUUUCGAAGGUGGGCCUUAUGAACAUGACUACUAACCUUUAUGAGGGUCACAUUGAGAAGGAUGCCCGAGAAUUCCUCGACAAGCAGGUCUGUGGCACCCCUGAAUAUAUAGCUCCUGAGGUAAUACUACGGCAAGGUUAUGGGAAGCCUGUCGAUUGGUGGGCGAUGGGAAUUAUCCUGUACGAAUUUCUUGUUGGCUGCGUACCCUUUUUUGGCGAUACACCAGAAGACCUUUUUGGCCAGGUUAUAAGUGAUGAAAUCAAUUGGCCAGAAAAAGAAGAUGCUCCACCUUCUGAUGCCCAGGAUCUGAUUACAUUACUGCUCAGGCAAAACCCACUGGAAAGAAUGGGAACAGGAGGUGCCUAUGAAGUUAAGCAACAUCCUUUCUUCUGUGCCCUGGACUGGAACAGUUUAUUAAGACAAAAAGCAGAGUUCAUACCUCAGCUAGAAUCGGAGGACGAUACCAGCUAUUUUGACACACGGUCUGAGAAAUAUCAUCACAUGGAAACGGAAGAGGAGGACGAUACCAACGAUGAAGAUUUUAGUAUGGAAAUCAGACAGUUCUCUUCAAGUUCCCACAGGUUUUCAAAAGUAUUCAGUAGCAUUGAUCAGCUCAUGCAAAGCAAGGUUGAGGAAAAGGAUGAUAGCGCAGACAAAUCAAAGGACCUCAGCCUCCCGCCAGUGGAAUCUUUAAGUUGGAGCUCAGAAUAUUCAGAAAUGCAGCAGCUGUCCAUAUCAACCUCUUCUGAAACGGAAAAUCAAAAGCAGUGCCACAAUGGCAGUUUGCUGCCAAAGUUUGCUAUUUCUUCUGACAUAGAACGUGAUGAGUUGUGUUCUGGGGGGCCCAAAGGAACGGAUAAAUCUACCAAUGAACCCGAGGACUCUCCCCAAGAAGAUCCUGAUGUUACUACGCCAGUCAGCAUUAGCAGUUCCACUGUCUCAGUGAGUAGUUUUUCAGAGCACUUAGAUCAGAUAAAUGGAAGAAGCGAGAGUGUGGACAGUACAGAUAACUCCUCAAAGCCCUCCAAUGAAACGGCUUCUCACAUGGCUCGUCAGCGAUUAGAAAACACAGAGAAACAGAAAAUAUCUGGAAAAGUCACUAAGUCAAUCUCUGCUAGUGCUCUCUCUCUCAUGAUCCCCGGAGAUGUGUACAGCGUUUCUCCAUUAGGGAGCCCCAUAUCCCCUCUUUCAAUGUCAUCGGAUCCAUCCUCCAGAGAUUCUUCACCCAGCCGUGAAUCUUCCAUCUCUUCUUCCAGUCCAAAGCAGCCAAUCGUCAUUCAGAGUUCUGGGAAGAAGUUUGGUUUUACUCUCCAGGCAAUUAGAGUGUUUGUUGGGGACAGUGAUAUCUACACAGUACACCACAUUGUCUGGAGUGUUGAGGAAGGCAGUGCAGCCUACCAGGCAGGCCUUAAGGCUGGCGACCUCAUUACUCAUAUAAACGGGGAGCCCGUCCAUGGACUUGUUCACACAGAGGUCAUAGAGCUUCUGCUGAAGAGUGGCAGCAAAGUAGCGAUCACAACAACUGCCUUUGAGAACACCUCCAUUAAAACAGGCCCAGCAAGGAGGAAUAGCUACAAGAGCAGGAUGGUGAGACGCACAAAGAAGGCCAAGAAGAAGGAGAAUAUAGAAAGGAGGAGAUCAUUUUUCAAAAAGCUGGCAAAGCAACCAUCCCCACUUCUGCACACCAGCAGAAGCUUCUCUUGCUUAAACCGAUCUCUGUCCUCUGGGGAAAGCUUACCUGCUUCACCUACUCACAGUCUGUCUCCACGAUCUCCAACUCCAAGCUGCCGCUCAACUCCUGAUUUCCCAUCUGGUACUAAUUCAUCACAGAGUAGCUCUCCAAGUUCAAGUGCACCAAAUUCUCCAGCAGGAUCUAGCCACAUAAGACCCAGCACGCUGCAUGGUUUGGGGCCGAAACUGGGGGGUCAGAGAUAUAGGUCUGGUAGACGCAAAUCUGCUGGCAGCAUACCUCUUUCCCCACUGGCAAGAACCCCAUCACCAACCCCCCAGCCACCAUCUCCCCAGAGAUCUCCUUCACCUCUACAUGGUCAUUCAUUGGGAAACUCAAAAGCAACUCCCAACUUCCCUACAAAAAUGCACUCUCCACCAACCAUUGUAAGGCACGUUGUCAGGCCUAAAAGUGCCGAACCACCAAGGUCUCCACUGUUAAAGCGAGUCCAGUCAGAAGAAAAGCUUUCACCGUCAUACUGCUGUGAAAAAAAGCACUUAUGUUCGCGCAAGCACAAUCUAGAGGUCACUAAAGAAGAAAUCCAUAAGCAGCCAUUACAAAGGGAUUUAGCACUUCAAAGCCUAGAAGAAAAUAUAUACGAUGUCCCGGCAUUUACAAGAAUUAAGCCAGUGGAGCAGGGAUGCCUAAAACGUCCUGUAUCAAGGAAGGUAGGCAGGCAAGAGUCAUUAGAUGAACUAGACAAAGAGAAACUAAAAGCCAAAAUAGUUAUGAAGAAAAAGGAUAAGCCAGAAAGGCAAGAUUCUCUACUAAAACAAAGUCUAAUGCAUGAUUUGCACAAUGAAUUGAGCAAUCCGAUUACAGUAGCAGAACAAGAGAAGGAAGACAAAUCAUUCCAGAAUCUUAUUAAGAGGACUAAUCUGUCUGAGCACAGACUCACGACCUAUGAGAGCCGUUCUGGAGGGAUCAUGUUUAAAGAUACUCUUAGCAAGAGUGUAAUUUCUCGAUCAAAUGGUGGAUGCAUCGAUGGUCAAUUACACGGUCAUGGACCUCAGGCAGCAGAAAAUGUUCACAUAUCAUGUGAGAUCAAGAAAGUCCCAAGUUCAUGUGAUAGGGUCAUACUUGCUAGGGAUGACAAUGUAGAUACAGCACCUCCAGCUUGUACAGCUAAUAGUGAACUUAUAAGAAAGAAGAAGUCUUUAGAAGAAAAGGAAAGCACGUUGUGUUUGGUUUUAAAAUCAAAAGCCCAUGAAAGUAUUCAAGCAAAGCCUUCAUUUUUACCCACAGAAAGUAUUGCUCCCUUGGAUAACAGAACAUGUUUGCUGAAUGCUCAGAACAGUCCAGUUUCAUUUGCACCACUCAAAGGCAAUAACAACAGGUGUGAAAACAAUAAUGACAAGUCAGGGGUUCUACACAACGAAACAUCAGUCCGAAAAAGCCCUUCAGAGUUUAAACUGGAAGCGCGAUCUGUUUCUUCAUUAAAACCAAUUGAGGGCACCUUAGAUAUCGCUCUUCUGUCAGGUCCCAAAGUUACAAAAACAGACUAUAUUGAUAUAGCACUAGAAAAGAAAAAUCAGAAUGUUGCAAAAACAGAGAAAAUAAGCCCAAAUUCAAAGAAUGAAGUUACACACAAGCCAGAUAAUCAAAAUAUGUUAUUGUUUUCCAGUACAAGCUCUAGUGGUGUAAGUUUACAUUCUGCACACAAGAGACCCAUCAAAGAGAAUCCUAAUGAAUGUCCAAAAUUUAAUUUAGCUGCUUCUGGGAUUUGUUCAAAUAAGGAAAUGUCUGGAUUAAAAGAAAAAAAUGAACUUCAAAAUCAUGCAGCUGGCACAGCUCAGUCAGGACUGAAAGAGUCAUUGGCAGAAGGGCUGGCGACUUCUGCCAAAGGGAAUGGUCAAGAGGUGAAGAGCUCACUUGUGUCCAGUGGUAAGUGCUCUUUUACAUGCAGGGAAAUGACUGAUCUUUUCCAAGAAUCCUCUGAAAUAAGAGUUGAGGCCAGUCUGACAAAAUCCAGUAGCCCUGAAAAGACUUAUGAUGCAUUACAUGGUACUGGAGGCAAAAGUCAACAGGCACCAGUAAGUAAAUUAUGUCCUAAUGAAAGUGUAAGUGUACCUAAGCCAGUCUCUGUAAUGAAUGUUGACUCUCCUCUUCUACUGGACACCAAAGUGGACAUCAAAGUAAAGGUUGCCAUUAAACAAGAACCUUCUUCUGUGAGCUCAAGCAGUAAAACCCAAGGAAUCACAUCCAUACUAAAAGCUGGAUCAGAGAGAAACUUUUCACCAAAUAAAAAAGAGAACAUCUGUUUAAAGGCACAACAAUAUGCGGCUGAUAGUAUCUGUUCUAGUGCAGUACCCGAGGAAAGUAAUAAAAGCAGCUUGCAUAGUCAAAAAGAACAGAAGCCGUCAAGUGAACAGCUCAGUGACUCUAAAUCGAGCAUCCCUAGCUCCAGCUUGACUAAAAUUUCCAGUUCUGGCAAACCAGGAGUGGCAGAACAACAAAGUACCGGUGCUUUAAGAAAAGAGAUGGUUAACCAGAGAACCAAUGUUUUAAUGAAAGUUGAUAAAGGUGCCAAUACCCUUUCAGCUCUUCUUUCCCAAAACAAAGACAUUGUGGUAUCAGAAAAUUCCACAAACUCUUUUUCUUCUUCUACUGUAAAUACAAGGAACUCUAGUCCAUCUGCAAUGAGGGAAAUUCAUUCAAAUGGGCAUCAGGGAGCCAGCUCCACAUGCUCUAGCACACCUAAUCCAAAGGAGUGUUCAGCUAAAUGUCACUUAAAAGAGAAAACCAGCUUACAGCCCAAGCUCAUCAGAACUAUUACUGUCAAAAGUGGUGUUCAAAGCAAACCGUCAGCUGAAGGCUUAGCGCUCGGGAUGUUCUCUCCCGAAAAGCAGCAAGAUAGUAAAUGCACUGAAGCACUUUAUGUCCAAAGUGACAGAAGGGAAAGUAAAGUUAUGGCUAAUGUUACAAACAGGGACUCUAGGAAAGUAACUACAGAAAAGCCAAAAUCUGUAAACUCUCCAAAUUUAAUGGGGAAAGGAGCACAAAGUAAGACAGAUUUGGUUGAUGCACCUAAUGGAGUUUCUGCAUUGUCUGCAACUGUUUCUUCUCCUAGCAUUGAUGCGUCUUUGACCAAACCACGACUGUCUGAAUGUCCUGUAAAAAUAAGCACGGAGAGAAAUGAGACUACUCCAAAUAUUAUUCCUUCAAAGGCCAAGAAGGAUGUUCAGUUAUCCCCCAACAAAACUGGGGCAAAAGCAGAUAGCCUAUCCAGUAAGUCUUCUGCUGAAAAACAAUUUAGCCUUGCUUUAAACUGUGUAAUAACAGCCAAUAGUAGAGACCAGUCUUUGUCUCCCAAUAAGAAGAACCUUGCUAAAGACAUACAGAAGGCACCAACCCCAUGUGCACUCACCUCUGAAAAAGACUUGAAAGGGCAGAAGCAAGGAAAGGAUGUGUUGCAAACCGGCCCUCGUGAAAAAACAUUAUAGUUUGCGAACGCACUGCAAAAAUAAGACCUCUUUACUGUAGUAGCUGCUAAUUUCAGACUCUUUUUUUCCAAAACCAGCACUGUGUAGUGUUUCCAUUCAUUCAGGCAUUUGUGUCAUUGUGUCAGUUUUUUUAAGUGUAAUUUGGAGUAAAGGAGUGGAAUUUUUCUUUUUUCUUUUUUUUUUUUACCCCAGCUGUAUGAGGUGCAUAUGUGGUUUUGUCAGUUUGAGGGGCCUCUGCAGCUGGGACUGGGGUAAGGGCUAUGGGGAGAAAAAAAAAUGGUCUGUAAAUUUGCAAUAUUGUAAUUUGUGUGGAAUGUAGAUUGUACAGUUUGCUGCUGAAUUUCACUGUUUACUUGUUUUCUAUGGGGAAAAAAGAUCAACUCGUAAGACUGCAAAAAUAUAAAAUGAACAAAAAAAAACAAUUUUGUACCAUUGGUCAGAAAAAGAAUUUGUUUUUUUUUUUUUUCAUUGCAGAAAUUAAAAUCCACAGUUAAUUGACAACUGCCAGUUUGAUUCUCUGUUAAAUGCCAGACGAAUCUUAGCUGGUACAGAUAUAUAUAUAUAUAUAUAUAUAUAUAUAUAUAUAUAUAUAUAUAUAUAUAAGUACCAGUAGGGCCAUGCUGUCUAUCUACUAAGGUUUUCCUUGUGAUAAGUAAAGAGCAAUAUACUGAGUUUUAUUGCAUCUCUAUAGAGGCUUUGAGCAAACCAAGGGUGGGGUUUAUCUUAUGCUUAGCCAGGCAUUUCCCUAUUAUUGGAAAAUUUUGUCUGUUCCCACCCCAAUGAUAUAAGACCAGUCCAUUAGGUUUCUUGGUCAUGCCCCAUCUGACUUCUAAAAGGAUUUAAAGGGGGAUAAGAAGGGUUCUAGCCAUCCUGCCAGGGUCUUAGGCGGUGGCAAAUACAGGUUCUGUACUUGGAGAGUAAAGAGAGAGUGAUGGAAACAGUUUAUUUUAAAAAUCUUGUACAGGCAUAGUAUCCAUUUGCUACUUACAGUAACAUGGCACAUUUCCAUGAUGCAGAACCUGUCCCUUUAAUACAUAUAGCCCAGCAUUCUAUAUAGUUAUAUGGCUUAAAGUCACUAAUCAUCUGUCAUUGUUGUCUAGGCAGUGGGAUCAUUUGAUGUUCAGGACCCACUCUAGUUAGUUUGCCCAGGCCCCUCAUCCACUCAGGAUUGCCCUACAACUGACGUAUAUUAUACGGAUACCAGUACAGAAAGCAACAUUAUUAUAUUAAUUAUUGUUCAUUCAGUUCAAUUCCAUGCUUUGCUAUUAGAGGUCAUCAGUUCAUCCAGUACAGAGAAGCUCUGGGCAUCUUUCAUACUGAACUAUGUUGACUUGUGGAGUUGAGGGGAUAAGGGUCACCCUUGACAGGAAGACAAAUUACAGGUUGAGGUGGACCUCCAUCCCCUUUUGUGAAGCUGGGUAACAUGGUGGGAAUCAACCAGGCAAAGCAUGAAUAACUUUGUUCUUUUUUGUGUUUUAAAUUUAAAAAAAAAAUGUGGUUGGUAAGAUUUUUGCAAACGAAAAUCUCCUGUCAUUAAUGAAUGUAAGGCAUUUAUUUUACCUGUCCAUUUAGCCUUUGAAAGGCAAAUAGUUACUGUACGAGCUCAUUCAUACCAUAGAUUUUCUGUUGAAGGCAUCUAUAGAUGUUUUAUAGCGGGGCCUUACUCUUUCUAUAGCUUUUGCAGUUCUUAUUAAUAAGCUAUGCUGACUUUUGCAUUCUUUUGUGUGUUCAAUAGCUCCAUACAUUUCAAAAAUGUUCUUUUUUUGUAAUAUAUAUGUGAAUACUGUAAAAUAUCUAUUUUGUGUAAAGAGGGGGGCCAUGUUGGAGCUUUAUGGUGCUUGGAAUUUGACUUUACUUUUUACAUUGUGCAGAGCUUUAUUUACAUUUUAGAGAUUGUAUCCCAUUUAACUGCAGAAUUAAACAAGAACUUGAUCAGACGCAAAGGAAAUCAGUUUCAACUGGGGUCAGGGAUGUGAAAGCCAAGUCGUCUAGCUGUUUCUAAACAAAGGGCUAUGGCACAUGAUCACCGCUGCCCAUUCACUUUCUACUAAUGCCAGCUGAAAUGUCCUAUUGGGCUACUAUAGUCUCCCGAAGAACCCUUGCAGCAUGUCAUGGGACAAUCCUUAGCUUUUUGGCACAUGCCAUGUGCCGUAGCUCUUGAGCUUCUAUCACUGAUGAAGGCAGUUGUUCGGCAACAGCUAGAGAUUGUGAAAGCCAAGUCUUCCAGCUGUUUCUGCACUAAGGGCCAUGGCAAGUGAUCACUGCUAUUGAUUCACUUUCUACUACUGCCACCUGAAUUGCCCUAUUGGGCGACAGUAGUCUCCUAAUGAACCCUUGCCUGGCUUUUACCAUGUGCCGUAGCCCUGGAACUUCUAUCAUCAAUGAAGGCAGUUGUUGAGCCACAGCCAGUGACUGGUAAAAUGAUUAUCCCUGAACCAUGAACACACUAGGAUUCAUUUAUCAAAAGUGGGCAAAUUUGCCAAUGGGCAGUAACCCAUAACAACCAAUCAGAGGUUGGCUUUUUUUUUUAGCCAGCUGCAGGUAGAACAAUGAAUGCAACUAUUGGUUGCCAUGGGUUUUUUUGCCCAGUUUUGAUAAAUGAACCACUGAUGGUUCAUUUAUCAAAAUGUUUCUGCUAUAGAAUGUUUUGUAUCACUUUUACUCUUUUACAGACAAACACUGUGCACCUUAUCAUAUAACAUUGCAAACCUCAAUUCAGCCGUCCGUGAGCAGUCGGUUCAGACUAUAGAAACUGACCUGUCCUGCAUUCUGUUGUGCAUUCCAGUUGGUGCACCUUUCAAGAACUCGCACUUCAUUCAUUUGCUGGGUUUGUGAUCAAUGUCUUUUUUUUUUUUUUUUUUUAACAAAUACUAAUGGAUCCAGAAGUUACUCGUUUUCAGCCCUCUUGUUGGUCACUGAAAUGCAAUUUGAUUUUAUACAUUAAAAUAGGAAUCUGCUGAUACUAUAUAAUCAAAAGUGUGUGUAAGUGAUAUCUGGAGAAUUAUAUAUAUAUUAUAAUUAAUGUUUUCAGAACUCGAAAGAUAUUGACACUUGUAAAAUAAUGGUAGCCUUGGAUAAAAUAACCUGACACUUUUGCCUGCAGCGUGACUUUUCUGUGUUCUUUAGAGCAUCACGGCUUUAUCCUGUCCAAUAGAGCAGGGCACAAGAAGAAACACUGUCCUGGCAAUCUGGAGAUCACAGCGAAGGCAUAUAGUGCAGAAAAAGAUUCAGAUACACAAACUGAUUCUAGAAACAUAUUGAUUUUUUUUUUAGAAGUGUCAAUAUAUUAAUGAUAUUACAUAUGCUUUUAAACAAGUGCUGUAUAUGACACUUCUAUAACUCUAUUAUUACAACCUAGGCCAUAAUCAGGGCCGUGCCGCUACCUGUUCAACUUUUCAUAUUAAAAAUGCAGUGAAAUAUAUCCCAAUAUAUAUAUUUAUUCCAGUGGUCUUAAACAUAGUAAAUAAUGUACCCCCUAUUGUAAAAUGUAAGGACAUUUUAAGUCACUGCGGAGUUUCAUGAACAUAGAAAAGCACGAGGCCGAUAUACAGGUCAUGAGACUCCGAGGUGACUCCGAAUAUCCUUAUAUUUUGCAGCAGGGGGUACAUUGCUUACUGUAAUACACAUGUUUCAUCACUAAGUUCCUUUUAUAAUGUGUAAUCUUACAUGAUAUUCCUGAUUCUUGUGUAUUAUAAGGCUAUUUCACUGCUGAAUCUCUCACUCCCAGUAACUUAGAUUUAAUGCAACGGUCAGUGAAUAGUAGAUUGCAGGUAGGGAUACACCAAAUCCAGGAUUCUGCUUUUUUGAUCAAGAUUCAGUUCGGCCGAAUCCUUGUGUCUGGCCGAACCGUGCAUAUGCAAAUUAGGACCGGGAAGGGACGUCACUUGACUUUUAAUCACAAAAUAAGGAAUUUAAAACAUUUUCCCCACUUUUUCUCCUUCCUGCCUCUAAUUUGUUUAUCCAAAUUAGGAUUUGGUUUGGUGUUCGGCCAAAUCUUUCACGAAGGAUUCAGCUGAAUCCCAUGUAGUGGAUUUGGUGCAUUCCUAAUUGCAGGUCACUGAUUGGCUGAGGAUUGGAGAGUAGGAACAUCCUGUUCUCCUAUUGCAUAGGAAUAGACUCCAGUCACUGGCUUCAUUCUCCAUCCAAACAGACCACACGCUACUUUGUAAAUGUCUGACCUGCUCCAACUUCCCCAUUAUAAAUGUCUCCCCCCAACAAGCACAUCAGAAACUCAUAAAAGAUAAUGCACUCUCUGCUCCAAAAUAUACAUAUAAGACAGAACAUGCCAUGACCCAUAUGAAAGUCCCUGGGUUGGGGCAUUGUGUCUUCUAUAGUCAGAGAACUUUUUGGUGUCUUAAUAGAAUGAAUGUCCAACCUCAACAUAAUCUGAGGGGUUAUAGGUUCCCCAUUAUACACAGAGAUAUAUAUAUAUCUAGUAUCUGUGAGUGUAUAAGAGAGAGUUGCAUUUUAGUGCGAGUGCAUUGUCACUGUUCCAUCCCAGUCCUAUAGUUCUUUGUGUGUUCAUGUACUUCUUGUCUGUAAGUGUUUACUACUAUGAUGUAAAGAAGACCAAUUGCCUUUGUGUAACCGUCUCGAGUUUCUUACUGGUUAGAAAGCUGUGCUAUUUCUUUCUGCUCUAGAAAUCCCCCAGCAACGUAUAUGUGCAAUAAAGUGUUUGGUGUCUAACUUUCUAUAUAACUCAGUACACGGGGAAAAAAAAAAAAAAGAUUGAAAAAAUGUUCUGAAUGUUGUGUUUGUUGUAUAGCGGGGAAGUAUUUAUACUGCUGCAAUGCAUAACAUUGAAAUAAAUUCAGCAUGGAUGUUGUGCCAGU